AAUGAAAUAACAUUCGACGACUUAUUAUUAUUAUUAUUAUUUCUUAGAGAGUAAGAAUAUAAAUAUUUGGAGCCAAAGUUGCCUCUUUUGAAACCCCUCUCACUGGCGCCGUCUCUCCAUCUUUACUCACAAUUUUUCUAAUAACAUCUUUUUACAGCUUCAUUCUGAUAAUCUUCUGCUUCCGAAGGAUAUCGAGAAUUAUAUCAAAAUGAUCAACUCUGAACCCCUUCAUAGUGGCGCGACUACUAGUGGGGCCAGUGUGCCAACAUUCGAUAAGCAGCUGCCAGGUGUAACAAGAAAGACAGCUUUGAGAGAUGUGCAGAAUCAAAAAAGCAGCUUGAUGAGUAACCAUCAAGAGAAUUCACAUUUUUUAGGGGCAAGAUCCAUUGCAGAUCCAACUAGGGUGUGUGGAACUAAGAGGCUUACACCUGAGCGCCCUUCAAAUGGUACAAAUGAACAUAUACUAAAUGCUCGAAGAAGAUUUGAGCUAGAACUAGGUACAGGAAGAGUCCAGAACAACGUGGACAAAUUUUUGGAGGCUACUCACUCAAAGAACCUGUGUCAGUUGCAAAGGGUAAUUCCUCAAAAACAAAAUCAACAGAGGGAAGGUAGUAAUGGUCAUCCUCCUGUAGCAAUGUCAAACCAUUUGACACCUAUGAUGACAUUUUCGCAUGGUGGGCCGUCACUUCCUAAUUCUCUUGGCAAGGCCGCCCACAACUUUCAUGCUGCUCAAAUGGAUUCCUCUAAGUUUUCUCCCGAGCCAGUGCGUACUUUGGAUGUUAAGGUGGAUGAUCAGAAAUUGACGGAACAUUUCAUUCGUCUGCAGAAGUUCCUGAAACAGUGUGAUGAAAAAGCGAACCAAACAGAUUACAUUCAGAUGCUUCUACGUUUGUCACCAGCUGAGCUUAGCAGACACGCUGUUGAUUUGGAGAAAAGGGCUAUCCAAUUGACAAUAGAAGAAGGAAAGGAGAUGCAACGAGUGAAGACGCUAAAUGUUUUGGGAAAAUCCACCCUGUUUACUAACUUAACUCAGACAGUUCCAUUAGUCCCAACCAAGAAAUGAUGAGCACGAGGCUAAUGACAAUAGUUCGCGUUGCACUGAUGUGUACAUCGCGGGGUACAAGAUCUCGAGCAGAGGCUGUUGGCAUCUUUGAGCAUUAAUAGUCUUUUAAGUUUUUUCCUUUUUAUUGUGAUAGCGAGUUUUUCCGUGGAUUAGCUGGCCCCUUAGAGAUCAAGAAGUCAUCAGGAACUGAACUUUGGUAUUCUUUUGGGUAUGAGCAGUUCUACUAUCUGUACAUUUUUCCAUCUACAUAUUGAAGUUUUGCUUCCA